ACUCUCAGUCGAUCGUCAUCUGCGGCCACGCUUCUUCCUCUUCCUUCUCCCAUUUUCGCCGCCACCACCGACCGCCCACUCACCCCCUCCGUCUUCAACUGUACCAACGUCAUCGUCAUUUAUCUUCCAUUGUCGCCGCUACCCACCUCCCUCCUGGCUCCUUUGCUCUUGACACGAGCUGAAUGGUCCUCCUCCGGUCGGUUUGCGCGAUUGCACCAUCCCUGUCGCCACCACCACCAGUCUUUCUUUUUCUGCGACCAAUUUUUUGUGCCUCCUCGCCCCGUUGUCACUACCCGCCUCCCGUUCUUUAAAAGUUUUCCAUCCUCCGAUGGCUGGAAGGUUUUGAGUUCCCAUGCAAAGAAGGGACCGCCGGAAUUUUGCACGAAGGUUUAUCAAGCGGGAGAUGAGCGUUUCCUUGUAUCUCCCGCUCCCACUUCGUCUUCUCUCAGUUCUCUGCCUUCUUGUCACGGAGGUCCGGUUCCGAUUGUGAAGGAGAAGGAAGUGUUCUUCGCGUUCUCUUCAUCGACGUUUGGCUCUCGAAAUAAAGGAGAACGAAGGGUGAGGGGGAGAUGGACGAGCGCUCCCGUCGGCAUCUUAAGGCCAUCCUCCGAAAGAAUUGGCUGCUCAAGUGUCGCCACCCCUUCACGACCUCGGCGGAAGUUCUCCUUCCGACGAUCGUGAUGCUUUUGCUUAUUGCCGUAAGGACGAGGGUUGACACCGAGGUUCACCCCACGCAGCCAUAUAUUCGUAAGGGCAUGUUUGUUGAAGUAGGGGCUGGUGGCCUAUCUCCGAGUUUUGACGCACUUCUUAAAUUGUGGCUGGCUACCGAUGAGCACUUAGCUUUUGCGCCAGAUACGACAGAGACGAGGAAUAUGCUGAACCUUUUGUCACUAAGGUUCCCACUUCUGAAGAUUGUUGGGCAAAUUUACAAGGAUGAACUUGAGAUAGAAUCCUACAUACGUUCAAACCACUAUGGUCAAAGGGACCAAAUCAUGAAUUUUUCGAAGCCAAAAAUCAAAGGAGCAGUCAUCUUUCAUGAAUGUGGACCACAAAUAUUUGAUUAUAGCAUCCGCCUAAACCAUUCGUGGGCAUUUUCUGGAUUUCCUGAUGUCAACACCAUUAUGGACACUAAUGGGCCUUAUGUCAAUGAUUUGGAGCUGGGUGUCAGUGCUGUACCUACCAUGCAGUAUGGCUUGAGUGGCUUCUUAACACUGCAGCAGGUCAUGGAUUCAUUAAUAAUAUUUUCAUCCCAAAUUAAUCUGACUGACGUAGUUGGUAACAUGAAGUUUGUUGAUGAUGGAGGUUCUUCUGAAUUAUAUGCUUCUGAGGUUACUGCAGAGGACAAAAAACAGCAGCUAGUAGGAAAUUUUGUGGAUCAAUUGCAUUUCAAGUAUCCUUGGACGAAAUUCAUUCCAUCCACUAUAAGGAUUGUUCCAUUUCCUACUCGUGAAUAUACUGAUGAUGAGUUCCAGUCGAUCGUUAAAAGAGUUAUGGGAGUAUUGUACUUGUUGGGAUUUCUCUAUCCAGUGUCUCGUCUAAUUAGCUACUCUGUCUCUGAAAAGGAGCAAAGGGUCAGAGAAGGUCUCCAAAUGAUGGGACUUCGGGACAACAUAUUCUAUCUAUCUUGGUUUAUAACAUACACUGCACAAUUUGCAGUGUCAGCAGCAAUUAUCACCUGCUGCACCAUGACCACUCUUUUCCAUUACAGCGACAAAACUGUGGUGUUUACAUACUUUUUUCUGUUUGGGCUCAGUGCAAUUAUGCUUUCUUUUCUAAUUUCAACAUUUUUUUCAAGAGCAAAAACAGCUGUUGCGGUCGGUACUCUAACUUUCCUCGGAGUGUUCUUUCCUUAUUACACUGUCAAUGAUCCUGCUACUUCCAUGAUGUGGAAGGCCAUUGCUUCCUUGCUUUCUCCUACUGCUUUUGCACUUGGAACUGUGAAUUUUGCUGAUUAUGAGCGUGCUCAUGUUGGAGUUCGUUGGAGCAAUAUUUGGAGGGAUUCAUCUGGAGUGAAUUUCCUUAUCUGCCUCUGCAUGCUUAUUUUUGACUCGGUAUUGUACUGUGUCAUUGCCUUAUACCUUGAUAAGGUUCUUCCCAGGGAGUAUGGAGUUCAGAAGCCAUGGAACUUCUUAUUUACAAAAAGUUUUUGGAAGAAGAAAUCAUGUAAUCCUGAUCUAUAUAAUGAGACUUUCAAAGAUGAGUGGGAACAUAAAUCAGCCUCUCAUGUGGAAUCUUUAGAUGGUUAUCAACCUAUAGUGGAACCGAUAAGCUUGGAAAUGAGGAAGCAAGAGGCUGAUGGUAGAUGUGUUCAGAUUAGACAUCUCAGCAAAGUAUUCAAGACCAAGAAAGGGAAAUGCUGUGCUGUAAACUCAUUGCAAUUAACAUUGUAUGAAAAUCAGGUUCUCGCACUUCUAGGUCACAAUGGAGCUGGUAAAAGCACGACAAUAUCGAUGCUUGUUGGCCUUCUUGCCCCAACAUCUGGUGAUGCUGUUGUGUUUGGGAAAAAUAUCAAAACUGACAUGGAUCAAAUAAGAAAGGAGCUUGGUGUGUGCCCGCAAAAUGACGUGCUAUUUCCUGAAUUGACUGUGAAGGAACAUCUGAGAAUGUUUGCCAUCUUGAAAGGAGUCACUGAAGAUAGACUAGAAAAUGAAGUGAAUCUGAUGAUUGAAGAAGUUUGCUUGCUUGACAAGCAAAAUACUGCUGUUAGAGCAUUAUCAGGUGGUAUGAGGAGGAAGCUGUCCUUGGGAAUAGCUCUUAUUGGGGGCAGUAAGUUGGUUAUUCUUGAUGAACCAACUACUGGGAUGGAUCCAUAUUCAAUGCGCUCUACAUGGCAGCUGAUCAAGAGAAUUAAGAAGGGCCGUGUAAUCUUACUCACAACCCAUUCGAUGGAUGAAGCAGAUGUGCUAGGUGACCGCAUUGCAAUCAUGUCAAAUGGUUAUUUACGAUGUUGUGGGAGUUCUCUGUUCUUGAAGCAUUGUUAUGGAGUUGGCUAUACACUUACUUUAGUAAAGAGUAACCCUGAUGCACGUACUGCCAGUGACAUAGUUGGUCGCCAUGUGCCUUCUGCAAUUUGUCUAAGUGAUGUGGGAAGCGAGAUAUCUUUCAGACUUCCAUUGUCCUCUUCGUCAUCCUUUGAGGGUAUGUUUAUGGAAAUUGAAAGUAACACAAAAAGGCGAGGUGCUUUACUGGAGAAAAGCGGUUGUAGUGAAGAAUCUUGUAUUGGUAUUGAGAGUUAUGGUAUAUCUGUGACAACUUUGGAGGAAGUUUUCCUUAGAGUUGCUGGAUGUGAUUUGGAUGAAAUAAAACCUGUCAUUCUUGAUAAAGCUGAUCACUCAGAUGAAUGGAUUCCUCCACAUGCUUCUUCAUCUUGUCUUACAAGUAAUGAACCAAAUGGGAAUCUGUUACUUUGUGCUUAUUGGGUCCCUCUUGGGAAGACCUUUUCUGCACUGGGUUUUAUUGUCAAUCUGAUCAUCACCACUUUAUUUGGUUUCUUAAAUAUAUUUAAAUUGCAAUGCUGUGGCUGUGGAGAUCUAUUCAGAUUCAGAUUCUGCCAACAUUUGAGAGCUCUUCUCAUAAAGAGAGCCACAAUUGCUCGAAGAGAUAGAAAAACAAUUAUCUUUCAGCUUCUUAUCCCAGCUUUAUUUUUGUUCCUUGGUCUUCUUUUCCUCAAGUUAAAACCACAUCCUGAUCAGGAAUCAAUAACCCUGACAACAUCUCAUUUUAAUCCAUUACUACAAGGUGGAGGUGGUGGUGGUCCUAUUCCUUUCAAUCUUUCCACACAAAUAUCUAAUCAGGUGGCAUCAUUUAUGGAAGGUGGUUGGAGUCAGAAGGCUGAGCUGAGGUCCUACAGGUUUCCAAAUACAGGGAGAGCGCUUUUUGAUUCUAUUGAAGUAGCUGGGCCAAUAUUAGGGCCAUCACUUUUAUCUAUGAGUGAAUAUCUGAUAACAAGCUUGAAUGAAUCUUACCAGUCAAGAUAUGGUGCGGUUUUAAUGGAUGACCAAAAUGGGGAUGGCAGCAUUGCUUAUACUGUGCUUCACAACUGUUCCUGUCAGCAUGGAGCUCCAACUUAUAUCAAUCUUGUGAAUAGUGCAAUUCUAAAACUUGCUAUGAAUGAUGGGAAUAUGGUUAUUCAUACUCGGAACCAUCCCCUGCCAAUGACAGCUACUCAACACUCACAGCACCAUGAUUUGGAUGCAUUUUCAGCUGCAAUUAUUAUUAAUAUUGCUUUCUCCUUUAUACCUUCCUCAUUUGCAGUUGCUAUUGUAAAGGAGCGAGAAGUCAAGGCUAAACACCAACAGCUUAUCAGUGGGGUGUCUGUCGUGUCAUAUUGGAUUUCCAUAUACAUUUGGGACUUCAUCAGCUUUCUCUUCCCUACUUUUCUAGCAAUGCUUCUCUUUGCAAUAUUUGGCCUUGAUCAAUUUAUUGGGGUUGGCUGUUUCUGGCCAACAAUAUUCUUAUUUUUGGAAUAUGGACUAGCAGUUGCUGCUUCAACAUAUUGCCUUACCUUCUUCUUUACAGAUCAUUCAGUUGCACAGAACAUAGUCCUCUUGGUUCACUUCUUCAGUGGCCUUAUUCUUAUGGUUAUAUCAUUUAUAAUGGGCCUCAUAAAAGCUACUAAAAGCGUGAAUAUUUUUCUUAAGAAAAUUUUCAGGCUAGCUCCUGGAUUUUGUUUUGCGGAUGGGCUUGCUUCGCUUGCUCUUCGUAGACAGGGAAUAAAACUCAGUUCAGGAAAGGCAGUUUUAGAUUGGAAUGUCACUGGUGCUUCUCUCUGUUAUUUGGGAAUGGAGAGUAUCAUUUAUUUUGCUUUGGUUCUUGGGAUUGAACUUCUGCCUUGGCACAAGUUGGAGUUUUGCAAAGAAACAAGUUGGUGGAGACAAAUAAUAGAAGGUUCUAUUCGUGAUAUCCCCGAGGGUACACUGGAGCCACUGAUGAGAUUGAGAUCAUCUCUAGAGUGUCAUAAAUGUGGGUUUGAUGAGGAUGUAGAUGUUCAAGCUGAAAGACAUAGGGUCCUCUCUGGUGCUGCUAAAAACAGUAUAAUUCGCUUAUCCAAUCUUUGCAAGGUGUAUUCUGGUGGAAGGCAAGAUUUCGCAAAAAUUGCUGUUGAUAAUUUAUGCUUUGCUGUUCAAGAAGGGGAAUGUUUUGGCUUCCUUGGAACAAAUGGAGCUGGAAAAACAACAACAUUGCGAAUGCUGUCAGGUGAAGAAUGCCCAACUGAUGGAACAGCAUACAUUUUUGGUAUUGAUAUUCGCAUAAACCCCAAAGCUGCAUGUCAAAAUGUUGGGUACUGCCCCCAAUUUGAUGCACUGCUAGAACUUUUGACUGUCCAAGAGCAUCUUGAACUCUAUGCACGAAUCAAAGGUGUCCCUGGAAAUAGAAUAGAUGAUGUUGUGGAGGAGAAGCUUACAGAGUUUGAUCUUUGGAAACAAGCUAACAAACCAUCAUGUUAUUUAAGUGGGGGAAACAAGAGGAAGCUGUCUGUUGCAAUAGCUAUGAUUGGGGAUCCACCGAUAGUCAUAUUAGAUGAGCCAUCUGCAGGUAUGGAUCCAAUUGCCAAAAGGUUCAUGUGGAAUGUGAUCUCUCACUUAUCUACACGCCAAGGAAAAACAGCUGUUCUUCUGACAACGCAUAGCAUGAGUGAAGCACAAGCACUUUGCACGAGAAUUGGGAUAAUGGUUGGAGGACGACUUCAAUGCAUUGGAAGCCCACAACAUCUAAAGACUCGAUUUGGCAAUCAUCUUGAAUUGGAGGUAAGGCCAACCGAUGUUACUAGAUGUGAGUUGGACAAUCUUUGCAGCAAAAUUCAAGGGCUUCUCUCUGAUUUUCCUUGUCAUCCAAAGGGUGUCCUUCAUGAUCUUGAAAUAUGUAUUGGAGGGAAUGACUUAAUUCUUCCGGCAGAUGUUUCAGAAAUAUGUCUAUCAGAGGAAAUGGUAGCUUUUGUUGGACGUUUCCUUGAAAAUGAAAGCCGUGUUAGGACUCUUCUGUCUGGAAGAUUGGCUGCUGAUGGUGUCUUCAGUCAGCAAUUGUCAGAACAGCUUGCUCGUGAUGGUGGUAUUCCAUUAAGAAUAUUUUCAGAGUGGUGGUUGGCUGAGGAGAAAUAUUCACUGAUUGAUUCUUUUAUCCUUUCCACGUUUCAUGGAGCAAUAUUUCAAGGGCUCAGUGGUCUUAACAUCAAGUAUCAGUUGCCAUAUGGAGAGGAUUCUUCUCUUGCUGAAAUCUUUGGACACCUGGAGCGAAAUAGGAGCAAACUUGGAAUAUCAGAGUACAGUAUCAGCCAAUCCACAUUGGAGACCAUUUUCAACCACUUUGCUGGAAACUCAUAAAUGUCAAGUUGGUAUUAAGAGGGGAAGUUCAGCGAUCAAAAAUUUCACACCGAGUUCAGGUUUUGUGUUACUUGUAACAUGUUACUGGGUCUGAGGCAUCCAAUAGUGUACAGACCACAGUUACCAGCAAACUGAAAUGGAUGUAGAAGCGAUAAUUAAGAGAGUGGGUGAGUGGAUGCUUAAAAUUUAUUAGACUAGCAUACCGCUGGUCGAGGAAGCAAUAAAGUGGGAAAUGGAGCAGAAGAAAGAAACAAAUUUUAGGUAAAGGGAGUUUUCUGGUUACCGUGGAGUACAUAAAGCUGACUACUAAUAGAAAACCAAAGGGUAAUUUUACUUUUUGAAAUGUUAAAUCUUAUAUCAAUCGCCGAAGCACAAAGAAGAACGCAUGAUGCCCCAAAUGGUACUAUGUAGUAUGUACAUGUAUACAACCAAUCAAUGAAAUUUAUUUGGCGCUUUCA